CCACACCUAUUUAUAGGUAUAGUUGCCAGGCUAUAGAGUCCAUAGUAAAGUGAAGUGCCGUGGAUUAUAAUACGGUGUCCACUGCAGACCGAUCUCAUACCUCCGCCAACCUUCCACCACACAGUUUUGCAUCAAAGGACGCUCUGUGCAGUUGUUUGGAUCGACUCUGAAAUCUCACAACAUGAUCUCUUUACAGUCAACCGUGGCAGUGUACGCUUUAGGCGUCACCCUGCUGGCUCAGCUGUGCACUGGCUACCCCUCUCCUGCUCCCUACCCACAACAUCACCACCCCCUAGCUCACGCCUCCGCCCCCCUACAUGCUCUUCCCGUGGCAGCAGCUGCAGCCGCCCCCGCUCACGGCUACGAGAAUCACGGCGGACAUCACGGUCAUGUUGACGUCGAUUAUCACGCCCCGGCCCACUACAAAUUCGAGUACGAGGUGCAUGAUCCACACACUCACGAUGUGAAGUCGCAGCACGAGGCUCGUAAGGGCGACGACCUGCACGGAUUCUACAAGCUGGUGGAGCCGGACGGCACCAUCCGCGAGGUCCACUACAAGGCCGACAAGCACAACGGAUUCAACGCCGUCGUCAAGAAGCACGGCCACAGCAUCCACCCCAUCCACUACAAGAAGCAUCACUAACUCAUGCCAAAUAAUUCGUUACUGCUACGAGCAUAUUUUGUGGUGUCUGUUGUUUUUAUACAAUUUUUUAUGUUUUCCAAGUUCCUAUAUGAAGUAGAAGUUGAAAUAAAAUUGUUUUUAUAAUA